UAGGAGACGCUAUUUUCUUCGUCUAGAAUGAAUAUGAUUCAACGUUAUCAAACGAUAAUUAGACACUUAUGUUCUGGUUCUACUCCUCGAAAAAGUGCAUUAUGUGUUCGAAAUUACAGUAUUAAAGGAGAUUCAACUGGAAACUUAACAGAUAAGGAGAAAUAUGAAAUUGGUGACAUAGAUUCAGAAUUCAACAUUUUUAAGCAGAUUUCUGAACUAACCAAAGAUCUUAAAACUAAAGAUAAUGUUGAAACUUCAAAAUGUAAUACUUUCACUUCCUUACUCCGACAUUCCAAAUUCAUAAAUCUAGGAGAUCCUACACAGAAAGCAGUUGUGGGUGAAAUUUUUAAUGUUGUCGGUAAUGACUUAUACAUUGACUUUGGAUGGAAAUUUCAUUGCGUGUGCCCAAGACCUGAAUUACAAUCAAAUUUAUUCACUAGAGGUACAAAAGUUAAAUUAUUAAUAAAAGAUCUGGAAUUAUCUACACGAUUUUUAGGUGCAACUACCGACUUGACAUUAUUAGAAGCAGAUUGUACUCUUCUGUCUAUAAUACAUUAUUCAAAGAACAUAAAACAGUAG